CUCGCGAGAGUCGAAUACCGGAAGUGUUGAGACGUGUCAUGUGAUCUAGCUGGCACUGUGCUGGGGUAGCUAUGUGAGAAUAACUCUUUUUUAAUUCAACAGAACAGUGAAGGUGUUAUCCAAAAGGAGCAGCACAAGAUGCAGAACGUGAUAAACUCGGUGAAGGGGACGGCGCUCGGAGUGGCGGAGUUUCUCACUCCAGUGUUGAAGGAAUCUAAAUUCAAAGAGACUGGAGUCAUUACACCAGAAGAGUUUGUAGCAGCUGGGGAUCACUUGGUUCACCAUUGCCCCACAUGGAAAUGGGCCAGUGGGGAAGAAGUCAAGGUGAAGCCAUAUUUGCCCCAGGAUAAACAGUUUCUCCUGACACGCAACGUUCCCUGUUACAAGCGCUGUAAACAGAUGGAGUACUCAGACGAGCUGGAGGCCAUCAUAGAGGAGGAUGAUGGAGAUGGGGGCUGGGUGGACACUUACCACAACUCAGGUGUGUUAGGAGUCACAGAUGCUGUACAGGACAUUUCACUGGACAAUAAUAAGGACAAGAAUAUGAAUGCCACAUCUGCAGCAUAUUGUGAUGAUGAUGAUGAUGAUGAAGAUGAAGAUGGAGAAGCAGCCGAUAUGGAAGAGUACGAGGAGAGUGGCCUGCUGGAAACCGAUGAGGCCACCUUGGACACCAGCAAAAUGGUUGAAACUAAAGCCAGAGCAGAGCCCGGGAGUGAAGACGCCAUCCUCCAGACGAGAACAUAUGACCUGUACAUCACAUAUGAUAAAUACUACCAGACCCCUCGACUCUGGCUCUUUGGAUAUGAUGAAGAUAGGCAACCACUGACUGUAGAACAGAUGUACGAGGACAUCAGCCAGGACCACGUGAAGAAGACGGUCACUAUUGAGAACCACCCCCACCUUCCUCCACCUGCCAUGUGCUCCGUCCACCCCUGCAGACAUGCUGAAGUGAUGAAAAAGAUCAUUGAGACUGUGGCAGAAGGGGGAGGAGAGCUGGGAGUGCAUAUGUAUCUUCUAAUUUUCCUCAAGUUUGUCCAGGCUGUCAUUCCUACAAUAGAAUACGACUACACAAGACACUUCACCAUGUAGCUUCAUAGGUCUGCCUCUACUGAUGCACCAUGGGAAACAUUAGCUCUUCUGCCUCGUGUUGAGAUUAAAUCAGGUCUGGUCUGAUUACAAUCAGUUUGUGUAACUCACUGCGUGGGUGCAGCACAUGGGGAUUGUUGGAGGUAUGUGACAAAACGUCUGUUAAAGGAACAGGCUGAUGAAAGAGUCAGAUGAGAAGAUCAGUAUGGGUUUGAUCUGUGUGCCUCCAGUACAGAGAUACAUGUGUUGCUAGCCUCACUAUGGCAUGAAAAGUGCACCUUUCAAAGCCAGAGGUGUAUUAUCUUCAUGUUGUAUUGUUUGAUUUCACUUGUGGAAAACUCAAAUGUUAAAACAACACACUUGGAUAUAUUUGUAACUAGCUUGCUAUCUUACAACAAGUGGUUGAAUAGAGUUGUUUCCCCUUUGACAGAGCUAGCUAGUAGUUCCAGUGCUAAGCUAGGCUAACAGUGGCCUGGACACACAAAUGAACCUGAUAUCAUCUCUUCAUCUGACCCUCGGUAAGACUGCAGACAAAGCUUCGUCCCAAAAGCUGGACUGUACCUCUGAUGUUUCUCUACAGUUUGAUGUUGUGACCACAAUGUGGUGAGCGCUCACAAACUUCUUGUUACUAAGACUCGCCCCAUUCCGCACUGCUUCGCUGUUUGAGUCCAUUUAAAAAGAAUAAUGAGUUAUUAAAAUUGUGAUUGGUUCCAGCAGAACAGGCUGGUUUAUCAGAGCUAUUUAUUUACUGAGAGCAAGAACCGUAUAGUUCUGGCCCAUAAAUCCAAAACAAUAAGCAUGCCAUGCCCUACACUGUGGCCCUUCACUGCCUUUAGUCGUCUGUUUUUGUGCAUCCUUUUCUUGUUCAGCUACUGAUGAGAUUCAGAAGAAAUUAUUUGAAAUCUGUGGAUUUGGACCGCUACUGGAAGUAUGUCUGUUUGGUUGCUAACAUCAGUGUGUAAGAUGUCUGUGCACCCGACGACAGCAUUGAUAGAAGCUUCUUGAUUAUUAACAAUACUGUUCCCAUGCCUCACAGCUUCUUAUUGCUUCAUUCUGGUGCACUUUGUAGACGGCAUGGCUGAACCCUAAUAUUGUAAAUCAGCUCUUGAUGCCUGUUUGUCUUAAUACUUCAUCCUCUGAAUGUGUUGAUGGCCAGACCUUUUCAUUCAUGCUUCUUGUGGUUGGCUCGUAUGUUUUUUGUGUUCUACUUCAACUUUCAAUUUCCCUCCUCUGCAGCUUGAGACGUGUUUUCAGUUUGUCUUGCUUCUACUGAUGUAUCACUACCUAGUGUGUCAAGAAUGAAUUGUUUUACUGUCACACGCCUCGAUGUGUACUUCAAUAAAUCCUUCAAUGAC